AUGGAGAAGGAUAUACAGAAGUAUGUGAAGGAAUGUGAUGAUUGCAAGUGGCAUAAAUACUCAACAUUACGUCCCGCUGGUCUAUUGCAACCCUUACCGAUUCCAAACAAGAUUUGGGAAGACAUUUCGAUGGACUUUAUUGAGGGUCUUCCGGUUUCACAAGGCGUGAAUGUGAUUCUCGUGGUGGUUGACAGACUUAGUAAGUUUUCUCAUUUCUUGAAGUUGAAGCAUCCAUUCACAGCGAUCGAUUUAGCGAACAAGUUUGUGCAAGAAGUGGUUCGUCUUCAUGGAUUUCCAGGGUCUAUUGUUUCUGAACGUGACAGAAUCUUCCUGAGUUCAUUCUGGAAAGAAUUGUUUCGUCAAGCUGGUACUCACCUUAAGUUCAGUACGGCGUUUCAUCCACAAUCUGAUGGUUAG